AGACUGCACGGACAACAACACACCCUAAAGGUGAAGAGAUUUAGAGCUUUUUCCGCUACGAAGUGUAUUUACAACCGGUUCGUUUUAUCGCGACAGUUUGUGAAUGCCAGUAACGGAGCAGCGAGAGCGUUAUUUUCCCUCUCGAAAACGCCGACAAGGUGGAAAUUACUAAAGGGUCACCUGGGAGCCUGUGUCUCUGAGUUUACUGGCUUCAACAAGGAAUCAUCAUUCCUUAGUUGGUCCCAUCCAGACUGAAUGGAGUUCUCUUCUUACAUGGUUGCAAUGCAGACUACUUUUUAGAGACUUCAGCUGUAAAAAGCUUACCAUUAACACACUUCUGUUCAUCAAGCCCCAUCAAGCACCAAAUGUUUCCCUGAGAGUCUCUCGUCACUUCACUGAGUGGGCAUAAUGUUGACCCUGAUCUAAACCCAUCAGCAGCCCAUCCCUACCUCCCCCCCCCCACUCCCUUUCCCACCUCCACCAUGACCAGUCUGAAGCGUUCUCAGACAGAGCGCUCGGUCGGGGGCUCAGUGCCAGCGUCUGAUGAGUUCUACACCCGCCGCCUGAGACUGCCCAAUGGAGGGGCCCCGCCCCCCCGCAGUGAGAGCGCCCACAUCUCCUCUUCCUCCACUACCGGCACCAACCCUGCCGUACCGAAAAUGGGGGUUCGGGCUCGUGUGGCUGAUUGGCCGCCACGAAAAGACGGGGGAGGAGGCGGUAUUUGGCACAUAACGGUGGAAACAGACUCACCCAGCUCCACCAACACCACAAGCUCUUCAGGAUCAGGAAGUGGAGAUAGAGAAAGACUUGUAGGAGGAGGAGGGGGAGGAGGAGAAAGUGGUGGUGGUGGGGGAGGAGGAGGAGGAGGAGGAGGAGGAAGAGGAAGUAGUGGGAGCGGUAGUGGUAGUGGUAGUGGUGGCAGUGGCAGUGGUAGUGGAGAAAGAGGGGGAUCUGCAGUAACAGCCCACAGCCAUCUGUCGGCCAAGCUGGGCCACCUGAUAAGCCCGCAGGACUCAUCCAUGCUGCGCAACAUCCACAACACCCUGAAGAACAAGAUGCACAGCAAGGGGAAGGACAACCGCUUCCUGUCACCGGAUGGAUACCUGGGGUCUCCUCGCAAAGGCAUGAGGCGCAUCCGUCAGCGCAGUAACAGCGACAUCACCAUCAGCGAGCUGGAUGUGGACGGCAACGAGGGCUGGUCCUUCUCCGGGUGGACCCCCAUGCACCGAGAGUAUGGCAGCACUUCGUCUAUAGAUAAACAUGGGGUGUCAGGGGAGAGCUUCUUUGACAUGCUAAAGGGAUACCAGUCCUUCGAGGCCCCUGAUCAGAGAAGCCCAGCCCCAGAGAAGCUAUCGGAGCUGCUUACCGUGGCCCCAACGAAACAGGCGGUCCUGGACCUGCCUGAUGGUGCUUUAGGUUCAGCAAGAGGCAGUCCUGCCAGUCGGCUGAAGGAGCGAGAGAAGCACUUAAAGAGGAGGUCAAAGUCGGAGACAGGUGGAGAAUCAAUAUUCCGUAAACUGCGCAGCGUGAAGGUGGAGGGGGACUCAUCUCGGGCUGGAUCAGAUGCUGAAGAUGGGGGCAAAGCAGAUGAGAGCAGCCCACCUCCCAAACCUUGGGCGUGCCAAAAAGGCUUUGCCCAUUUUGAUAUCCAGUCUUUACUUUUUGACCUCAAUGAGGCAAUCCACAGCAGGCAGUCUGGGUCCAAACGUAAGAACACUACUACCGGUGCCUCGGCUGCUGCUGCUGCCUCCGCUUCAGCCACAUCCUCCCUCUCGUCCAAUCAGAGCGCAAUAUAUGGUUCACCAUGUGGCUCACAAGAGGAGCUGAGCAAGGAGGGGACCGGAGGACACGGCACCAACCCUGCCUUGGACCCCGGGGACGACAAGACCAAUGACCUGGUGCUCAGCUGCCCUUGUUUCAGGAAUGAGAUUGGUGGAGAGGGAGAGAGGAACAUCUCUUCUGCUAAACAGCCGGGCAGCAUAGGUAGUGGUGAGACCUCGAGCAGUUCUUCAGGCAGUACAGAGGAAGGACCCUUGGAUGCCACCCUAACUACUCAUUUUACCAACGCUGGUGUGGCUGUGUUGGAGGCUGGCAAGGACGGGCCAGGCCAACAUGCUGACAGGUCCAAACGUUACAUCGUGGAACAUGUUGACCUCGGCACCUAUUACUACCGGAAGUUCUUCUACCUCAGAGAACACUGGAACUAUCUGGGGGUGGAUGAGAACCUGGGCCCGGUCGCAGUGAGUCUGAGGAGGGAGAAGUUGGACGAACACAAGGACCACGGCCAGCAAUACAACUACAGGGUCAUCUUCAGAAUGAGUGAGCUGAAUACCCUGAGGGGCUCCAUCCUGGAAGAUGCAGUACCCUCCACGUCCAAACACGGUCUGGGCCGGGGUCUGCCCCUCAAAGAGGUGCUGGAGUACCUGGUGCCCGAGCUCAACGUCCACUGCCUGCGCCUCGCUCUCAACACGCCCAAGGUCACGGAGCAGCUGAUGAAGCUGGACGAGCAGGGGUUGAGUUUCCAGCGGAAAGUGGGGCUGAUGUACUGCAUGGCCGGCCAGAGCAGCGAGGAGGAAAUGUACAACAAUGAGUCAGCUGGUCCUGCGCUGGAGGAGUUCCUUCAUCUGCUGGGGGAGAGGGUCCGGCUCAAAGGCUUCAGCAAGUACCGGGCCCAGCUGGACGCCAAGACUGACUCGACGGGCACCCACUCCAUGUACACCACCUACAAGGACUAUGAGAUCAUGUUCCAUGUGUCCACCAUGCUGCCCUACACACCCAACAAUAAGCAACAGUUACUACGAAAGCGGCAUAUUGGGAACGAUAUUGUUACAAUCGUGUUCCAGGAACCUGGCGCGCUCCCCUUCACCCCCAAAAACAUUCGCUCACACUUCCAGCACGUCUUUGUGGUUGUGCGAGCUCACAACCCAUGUUCCGAAAACAGCUCCUACAGUGUGGCCGUCACUCGUUCCAAAGAUGUGCCCUCAUUCGGUCCUCCCAUCCCAGAAGACGUGACCUUUCCCAAAUCCUCCGUGUUCCGGGACUUCCUGCUGGCCAAGGUCAUCAAUGCAGAAAACGCCGCCCACAAGUCGCAGAAGUUCCGCGCCAUGGCCACCCGAACGCGACAGGAGUACCUGCGCGACCUGGCCGAGCGCCACACCACCAGCACUCCCAUCGACCCCUCCGGAAAGUUCCCCUUCAUCUCGCUGGCGCACAAGAAAAAGGAGAAGAGCCGGCCGUAUGGAGGAGCAGAGCUGCGCAGCCUGGGGGCCGUCACCUGGCUCGUCCAGGUGGAGGACCACGGGACGGGGGGGGAGCUGGAGGCCCUGCUGGCCGUCUCCAAUGACUUCCUCAUCCUGUUGGACCAGGGGGCCAAGGCUGUGGUGUUUAACUGCGCCGCUAAGGACGUGAUCGGCUGGACGGCGAGCAGCCCUGCGUCUUUGAGGAUAUUCUACGAGCGCGGGGAAAGUGUGUCUCUGAGGAGUAUCAGUAACAACACGGAGGAUUUCAAAGAGGUCGUCAAACGUCUCGAGUUCCUGACUAAAGGCUGUGAGACAUCAGAGAUGACGCUCCGUCGAAAUGGCCUGGGGCAGCUCGGCUUCCACGUGAACUACGAGGGCAUCGUGGCUGAGGUGGAGCCGUAUGGAUACGCCUGGCAGGCAGGACUGAGGCAAGGAAGCCGAUUGGUGGAAAUCUGCAAAGUUGCCGUAGCAACGCUGACCCACGAGCAGAUGAUUGACGUCCUGCGGACCUCAGUGGCAGUGCGGGUUGUGAUCAUCCCGCCACAUGAUGACGCCACCCCACGCAGGGGCUGUUCAGAGCUCUAUCGGAUGCCUGCGUCAGAUUAUAAGAGCAGCAGCAGCGGCGAAAGCGGCUCCUUCGAAUACAAGUUCCCGUUCCGCAACAACAACAACAAGUGGCAGCGGACGUCCAGCAGCCCCCAGCAGUCCCUGACCGCCUCGCCGCAGCCGCACACCCCCAACCGGGCCAUCAGCCUGGGCAGCUCCGGGGGGAAGACCCUGUCUGCAGAGAGGCUGGAGCGAGGGGCCGUCAUCCCGCGCAGCGUCAGCAGUGACGGCCGGCCCCUCGACACCAAGAGGAUGUCUCCGGGCUGUGAGAGUUACAGCCUGGCCUCCGCCAUGGCGCUGGGUCGCUCCCCUCACAACCGCAGCUCUCCCAGCAACCUGUCCUGCUCCAGCGACGCCUCGGGGAGCUCUGCUCACUGGAGGCAGAAGUCCAUGCCUGAGCAGUUUGCAGGCAGCCGCCACUCUCCGAUGUCCGGGGACAGACGAGAUGUGGUUGGAGAGGGCGGGUCCAGUGGAAAGUCUACUCCUAAUUGGUCGAGAAUGGAGGAAGGGGGAGGAGCUGAUCGAACGUCAACAGAGUCUCCAGUCUCCAAGUCGGGUCAGGGCUACUCUGGAGCUCCCCGCAUCCAGAGGCAGGAGCAGGUCAUCCACGUGUCCCCGAAGAAGGGCAGCCAGUCGGACGGCCCUUACUCCGGGCACUCCAGCAGUAACACUCUGUCCAGCACCGCCUCCAGCGGGGGCCACAGCGACAGCGACAAAUGGUACGAGAUGGGAGCGGGUGGAGGAACCAGCACUGAGCCGGCAGGAGAGCCGGAGCCCAACGGCCUGGGGGGAGGAGGCUACCUGCAGGGGGCGUCGGCCGACAGCGGCAUCGACACCAGCUCUUUUGGAGCCUCCCACCACACACACCCCCACUCCCAUCACGGCAGCACCACCUCCCUGCUGGCCCCCAGCGGAGGGAGAGAGAGCAGGGAGAGCAGGGAGAGCAGGGAGAGCAGGGAGAGCAGGGAGAGCCGGGAGAGCAGGGAGAGCAGGGAGAGCCGGGAGAGCAGGGAGAGCAGGGAGAGCCGGGAGAGCAGGGAGAGCAGGGAGAGCAGGGAGAGAUCAGUGUCUCCGUGGCACAGCCCCACCGAGGGGGGCCGCAGGAUGCUGGAGAGGUCUCCGGCUGCAGCAGAGUCCCCGGGCCUUCCAGGAGAAAGGAGCCUGGAGGGGACCGGCCGGAGCCCCCCCACUCACCUCCUGGUGAGAGACAGCAGCACCUUCAGCCUGAACGAAGCCGGGUCACACUCCAGUUCCAGGCACUCAGGCCACAGCUCCCCGAGAGACGAGUCGUCCUCUUCAACAACGUCUCCUUCGUCCCAGUCCUCCUCCUCCUCGUCCCCGGGGCCCAAGAGCUUCUACCCCCGCCAGGGAGCUCAGUCCAAGUACCUGAUCGGCUGGAGGAAACCCGGAUCCACCAUCAACUCUGUCGACUUUGGAGACACACGCAAGAAGUCUCCAGGAGAGGGGGGGGUGGAGGUUGUUCCCGUCCCAGCAGCCAGGCCCUCUCUUCGGGAUAUGCAUUCGCCCCAGCCUCACGCCAAAUCCACUAUGGAGGAAGACAUAAAGAGACACAAUUCCCCCGACAGCCCUCCACCACCACGCAGACAUAAGGAAAAGCACGGGCAGAAACCCCAGCAGAUCCCGCCUCUGAACCGCCAUCCCCUGCAUCGAACCCUCUCAGACGAGAGCAUCUAUCGGGGCCAGCGCCUCCCCCCCCUCUUAGACUCCAUGCCCGAACCGGCGCUCGGUGCAGACCUCCUCUUCAGCUGCUCCACCCUCCCACGCUCACCCACCACCCGCGGGGUUCCCCUGCGACGGCCCUCCUAUAAACUGGGCGUCAAACUCCACGGUGACCUUUCAGCAUCUGACACAUCAUUGGUGGAUCUGGUGGAGCGUCACCGCGGCCCCCUCCCUCAGGAGCUGAUGCCCCUCCCCUCUCAGGGCCAGGAAAGGGAAAGCCCUCUGGAGUGGACUCACCUGGUGGACGUGGCCAGUACGUUUGACACUGAAAGAAACCCACACUACGUCCAGAGAAGUUAUGUGUUUGGAGAUUCAAACCACCGGAGCAGCGGGGCCUCGAGCCCCCAGCAGUCCCACAUCGAGCUGCAGCCGGCCCCUCUGUCCCGGCCCUCGUCCAGCGAGGGUCACAUAGGGCUGGAGAGGAAGGUGACCAAGCUGGAGGCCACGGUGAAGAUGCUGCAGGAGGACCUGAAGAAGGAGCGUGAGGAGAAGCUGAGGCUGCAGGGGCAGGUCAAGAGGCUGUGGGAGGACAACCAGAGGCUGCAGGAGGAGUCGCAGACAUCCGCCACCAAGCUGAAGAAGUUCACAGAGUGGGUCUUCAACACCAUCGACAUGAACUGACCCCCCUCCUCCCCCCCUCCCCCUGCACACUUUGACUCUUGCACGCACGCACACAAAUGCACACAUCAACACUGGCCAGAGACCAGAGGGGAAGAACCUGGACGUGAUUUAUGCGCCCAUCUUUCUUUGGCUUCAUACAUCAACAGCUGAUAUUUGGUGACCGGCCUCCCUCUCCACACUUCUCAGGAUGAGAAUAAGUAAAUAUGAAGGACUGUCCUCUACUCUCCAAUGGGACCAGAGACUAUGCUGUGCCAAAAUCAUUUUAUAAAAUAGCGACAAAGAGGAAGCUCUCCUCCUCCCUUCUCCUUCAGAAGAGGUCAGCCUUACCUCCUCCUGAUGUGGACCCCCCCCUGAAAUGCUUUCUCACUUCGAUGUGUUUCUCUUUUUAGGGACCGUACCUAGCUGCAGUAGAAAUCUGGCUUUUUCAUCUUUGUUCCUCUGAGGUGAGGAGAGUGUUUGUGCCACAGCAGAGGGUAGCAGAGAGAUCCAUGUGACUUAAGAGAAGACGUCUCUGAAAUGCCACUCGGAGUCCGACAGGUACUACGCGACAAAUCUGCCAGCUGGAGUUUGCUGUAACACAAACACCUAUAAUGAAUCCGAAGCCUCAAGACCUCUGACUGGACGAAGGAGAGCUUUUUGUUGUCUUCACAUGUAAAGAAGUUUCAUUUCCUAAAGUUUCUGACCACUGAAGGGUGAUGGUGGAAGUUCAGCCACCGACGUGGAAGCAGGUCGCCUCUGAUCGCGAGGGAAACAUGGAUUUGUACAGCAUUUUUCCUCCUCUUCGUCCCUCAGAUCUGGAUUACUGCAUCCUGUCUGUCAGCACAAUCCCACACCUGACGGAGGAGUGUAUUUAUAAGCCAUCGGCAAGUGGUGCCAUCAAACAUGACUGAAAUCCAGAGUGCUUUGGUCCAUCCAAAUUGUAUGUGUCUUAAAAGCAAUAGGAAGACUCCUGUCUCUCUCAUAAAAGAAUAAGGGAGACCUGUGAUGUGGGAGGAGAAAUUUUAAAGGUUACACUUAAAAGACUCUGCUGCACAAGAGCCUCCAUCUUCUUCUGUUAAAGCAGAAGACAUCAUGCUUUAGGAAAAAGGACGGAGAGGACUCUGCGCAGCGUCCCAUCUGGAAUACACAGAGCCAGUAAUGACAGAGACAUUUUUUGGGAGGGAAAAGUAAGAGUGGACUUUUUCCCCCUAUGUUAAUUUAUUUCAUUGUAUUAUAAUUCAAAUAAACAAGUUGUUCUAUUCGUCAAAGUACAACUGACAUCAGUGUUUAGUUCCUCAAGAAAAACGGUCACUAGCUAUAUUAUUUAAAUGGCUUUCUUUCUCAAUUCUGAUUAUAUGCUUUUUAUUCUGUAUUAUGUUGUGUUUUGUGGUGCCCAAGCCUGCUGUCGUGUUGCUUACAGUGCCCUCUAGUGAUGACCAGUGGAAAUGUCAUGAUUAUUAAAUGUGCCGCCAGUCACUCUGUAUUUUCCCCACGCCUCUCCAACAAUCAGUCAGAUAUCGGGAGGCCACACACACACACAAGCAGAACAGGAAACAAACGCCAGCUUUGACAGACAAUCAAAGGUGGAUUUUAGAUAAAAGGAAGCAAACCUUAGGUGUGUGUAUGUAGGUGUGUUUUACAUUUUAACAUCUAUAGUUUUCCUCAGGUUCAGUAUUUGUAGGAAUAGUAAUUUAACAAAAAGUAUUUCUAUGGUGAGAUUAUAAAGCCCCAUGAUGAGCCAGUGGCAGUGUGUGUUGUCAGUGUGUGAAUGUACAUCAGCCAUGCCUACACUCACUUAUUUAGGCCAUUUUCUCAGAGUAGGGACGUGCCUUUGAAACAGCACCUGGGGAACAGAUGAAAGGGAAAGGCUCGUCUUUUUCAUCCCGAAAAAUAAACACAUUUGAGUUUUAAUCGGCUUCAUACUCACAGUUGUAGACCUCAUAAAUGUCUGUGGUGCGAGGCUUCUCUUCGUAUGAAUAUUUGCACCGAACACAAUCAGGCGCGUCAGCCUCCAGACGCAGGGACGAAUGUGUGUGUGUGAAGUGUAUGGAAAUGUGACGGUGUGUGUGUGCCUUUGCAUUCAGCUACAUGCAGUAUAUCUUUCAGGGCAGCUGGCCCCUGUAAUAACAGUGUGUUGAUAGAAAUGUUCCCCCUAAAUCACAAAGCCACUUACACCCCGAGGAGACAGCGCGUUUCCUCAGCCAGGUGCAUGCUGGGGUUACUUCAGGUCGUCUAUGUUGGAAAUGCGGAUCACAAACGUGGUGUUAAAGCCUUAACUCCUUCCCUGUCCUGUGCUAUCAAACGUUUGAUAAAAAGCUCCCAAUUUUUGAAUCUCUUAAAAGUAAAUUUGUGUCUUAAAUCGAUGUAAUUAAACCCAGAACGCCACCCGGUCUGAAUGUAAAGAGAAUAUAAACGAGCCUAAAGAAAUGUGAUGUUUACUAUAACUGACAUUCAGCUUUGUAGUUUAGCAGUGUCAUGUCAUAACAAAAAAGACGGUUCUGUUUUAAGAAUCUCAUAUAAAUCUGUGGAUUAUAAAAAAACAUCCCAAUAGUUUUGCUUGGUGAUAUUAUAUAGUUGUUUUAACAGUUUAAGAAGUCGGCCAGUUGUGAAAAGCAGUCUAGUAGUCAUCCAAUAAUGUGAAAUCCUUACACACAAUAUAACGAGAUAUAUAGGUGGAAGUUUUGAAUUGCUCAGAGCUACAGUUUGCUUAAAUGAUGACUAAUGUUUGGUAUUUUAUUGUACAUGGAAAGUGCUCUAGUUUUUGUAUCUCAAAUGAAGUAUGGCCACAUGACGAACUGUGCAGUAGAUGUUUUGCUCGCAUCUUUAAAAGUGUGCAUCGAGUGGGAUGUUAUACAUUUGUCCACCUUAUACAAAGACAUAAACAAACCAGUGACUCCAGCGAAAGAUGUUAUUUCACAGUGCAUAUUUUGUUCCGUUCGCUUUGUUUUUGGUGCUUUUCAGAGGGAAAUGUGAAUGUUCAAAUGUUCCAUUUUGUAAUUUGUUUUUAAGAAUCUUUGCACAAUGUUUUAUAAAAAGGGUUGUGUUGAGAAAGGUGAAUCGAUCCAUUCCUGUGCCGUCGUGUCUUGGUGUUGCUCCGUAGUUUUCCUGCCAGCUGACAAGAGGAAGGUGCUUGACUUUAUUCAACACGUGUACCCUCCUCUUCCUCAAGCUUCACUGAUCAGAGCCGCCUGAGGUUGUUUUCUCUGUAGGGAUGCUGAUUUCCAGCCUGAGAGCUUGGUGAUUGCUGGAAGGUUUCACGAAGCUGAUCCGUUGGAAGAACAAACUAACCCGUGAAGUGGUUGGCUCUGACCGGAGGUUAACAACCUUCAAGAGGACCAAGCGUUUGAUAGAAUAGAAAUACUGUUUACAUCCUGGGUCCAUUGUCUUUGUAAAAUGUAAAGGUAUGAAAAAGACAUUUGCAGUGAUCACAGUAUUAAAGUUUCUGAAAUAAAUAAAUGCCGUAUCAA